AUGGUUUACCGGGGGAAGCCGAGUACGGGCUGCCAGACCUGUCGGACCAGGCGGAUCAAAUGCGAUGAGACUCGUCCAUCCUGUAAAGCGUGCGCCCGUGUGGGCCGCCCGUGUCCUGGGUAUAGACAUCCCUUUGAUGUGAUUCUGCGAGACCAGACUGCUUCUGUUCAAAAUAAGAAUUCUUCGUCAAGAGGGACCGCAGCAGAAGGAGAGGCUGUGUCUCGAGUCUCGUCGUCUAUGGUGAAACCCUCGAGAGACGCAAGUUCUGCCGGGGGUUCUGAAGCCCUUUUGAAUGUGCUACAUCUCCUGUCGUCGCGCCAGUCUCUAUCUGUCGCCCUUCAGCCUGCCAUUGAAGACACUGUGCUUUCCUGUUUCUUCAACUCCUAUCUUUAUAUUCCCAGGGACCCGGAAAUCACCGACGGAGUAUUGGAGCUCAUACCGACCUUGUAUCCGCGUGCGAGGAGCGGCUCCCACCUGCAAUUGGCAACCCUAGCUGUUGCUUUCUUCUCCGUGUUUGCCUGGACGGGUCAUCGCCCGUUCGCCCCUCAAGCAGUGCGGUACUAUAUGAAUGCUCUUACCGCACUCAGGGCGGCGCUGCAGGGGAACUUGGACGGCGAACACGAUGAUAUCCUGACAAGUAUCCUAUUGCUCUACACAUUCGAGGCCAAGAGUUCACGAUGCCUCUUGGGGCCGGUCAUUUCAUCGCCACGUUCCUGGUUUGUUUCGAGUAACCAUAUCCGCCCAGAUAUAAUGACAAGCUCGGAAUUAGCAUCACUCAGCUGCGAGUUAGGCGAACUCCGCACGCUCUGGCAGAAGAUCAGGAGUCAAACAUGUGAGCGGGGGGAGAUCCUCAAAGUUUUGUCCAUGGCCGUCGAAAAUGAUAACAAACUGGCCGUCUGGAAAUCGGCCUUGCCUCUCCAUUGGGCAGGCAAGACCGCUUCGUGGAUCCCUCAAUCCGUCCGCAAUGCUGGGAUCUUCAGAAACCAGUGUGACUGUUAUCCAGAUAUCUUUGUGGCGUCUAUCUGGAACUCCUAUCGCGAUUCGAGGAUUCUCGUCCAGACUAUCAUGAUCGAAUGUCUUGGCCGGUUGCCUCCAGAGGAAAGUCGAGAUGGGAUCUGCGCGGCUUCCGAGACGAUCAAUACCCUUGCCACGGACAUUUGUGCCACUGUCCCCUUCUUUCUCGGAGACCAAACGACCCCUAUGGCAUUCAACGGCGGCAGGGUCGAGUAUCCCGAUUCAAUGGAAAUGAGAAUCACCGACAGCCACCGACAAAUGGCUCCCCUUUUCGGCGGCUGGUUUGUCUAUUCCUUCCUGGAGAACUUGUGCUCGCCGGAGAUCGGUUUGAGCGAUGAGUAUGUGGUGUUUGUCCAGCAGCAGAUGCAGCGUCUUCGGUGUAUUUUCUUUCACGCAGCAGCAGCAGCACCAUCACCCACCCCGUCAACACAAGAACAAGCAGCCCCGGCCCCGGGCCCAGCUUCAACGAUAUCCACACCCCAAGCAUCCAGCCGGAUUCCGAACAGCUUCAAGCUGCUCCUCGGGGGGGUAUCCUUCUUCUACCUCUCGCUACUGAUCACACGGCGGGCACUAGCCAAGCGACGCCUCGCCGCCCUGCCCCCCUUCUACACGGGCUCGAUCUACCAUAAACCCGAGGGGAACGGGGCGGUCGACGCCCUGGAAGCCCUCAGCAUCGCGACGGUGGGGGUCGCCUCGGCGGGGAUGGCGGGCACGGGCGCAACACUCUGCUACUUCAACAUUAACAGUAUGGCGGAUCUGCGGCGCGAGGUCCGCACUGGAAUGGGUUUCGACGUCGAUGCAAACGGGAACGGCGGCUCAGAUGAACUCGGCGAGGCGGAGAUAGAGGAGUGGUUGGCGAAUGUGCUUGGUAGGACGGCGUACAAGGAGAAGAAAAAGGAGAUCGAGGAGAGGAGGGCGUUGGAAAAGGAGAACGUGGCGGACUGA